UAUUAACCCUGCACAUUAUCAGCGUUGUAUUGAUCAGAGAACAGUUCAAAAACGAGAUGAUCUAGUUAGUCCAAAGUGCUUGUGUUUGGUAUUUAAAAACAAAUUUUUUUCGAAAAAGUGGAAAAUAUGGCCAAUAAUUUACUGAAAAUUGGAUUUAUUGGUGGUGGAAAGAUGGCUCAAGCCAUGGCUAAAGGUUUCAUAUCUGCAGGUCUAGCGAAGGGUGAAUCCAUGAUUUCCAGCUGCCAUCCUUCUGAUUUACCAUCAGCUGAAGCCUUCAAACAACUUGGGGCAGAGUCUAUAUUCGAAAAUGUUCCUGUAGUGGAGAAAUCUGAUGUUGUUAUAGUAUCUGUCAAACCUUCGAUUGUACCUAUUGCAUUAGGAGAUAUAAAGAAGGCUGCUAAUGUUAAUGCUGAUAAGUUAUUCUUAUCUAUUGCUAUGGGUGUCACUAUCAAGCAAUUGGAACAGUGCCUGCCAAAAGAAUCUCGUGUAAUGAGAGUCAUGCCAAAUACCCCAGCUUUGGUACGUAGUGGAGCUUCAGUAUUCGUGAGGGGAGCUAAAACCACAGAAAACGACGUAAAAAUUACUAAAAAACUGUUGGAUUCCAUUGGUACCUCUGAGGAAGUACCAGAAAGCUUGAUGAACCCCAUCACAGCUUUGAGCGGCUCUGGCCCAGCUUAUAUAUUUGUGCUGAUAGAAGCUUUGGCAGAUGGAGGCGUGAAAAUGGGCCUUCCUAGAGAUCUGGCCUAUAGACUGGCAUCCCAAACAGUUUAUGGGUCUGCACAGAUGGUAAGAGAUACCAACACACAUCCCGGGAUUCUAAAGGACAACGUUACAUCACCAGCUGGUUCAACAGCCGCUGGAUUGCACUAUCUGGAGGACAAAGGGUUCAGAAGCGCUCUGAUAGGUGCCAUUCAAGCUGCAACUGAAAGGUGUCAACAAGUCUCCGGUUCUUGAAUAUUAUGGGGAUCAAUAGUAUUCUAAUGAAAUGAUUAACAAAGACCAUUUUUGAACUGUAACCAUCUCUUCUUGUAGAUGGUUUUGUAAAUAGGAUAUUAUGUAAAAUGAUGUGUAAAAACACGAUGUAUAUUUUUUUACGAAUUCAUUCAUCAUGAUGUAAAGAAAUAAAUUAGUAGGAAUAUA